AUGUCUGCGAAGAAGAACAUUGUCGUUGUGGGCGGGAGCUACACUGGCUCUAAGGCUGUGAGCGCGCUUGCGGAGAAGAUGGGCUCCGGCUACCAAGUCCUGCUCGUAGAGAAGCAGUCGCACUUCAACCAUUUAUUCGGCUUCCCUCGCGUCGCUGUCGUACCCGGCUUUGAGCACAUGGCCUUCGUACCGUACACCAAGGCUUUCUCUGGAUUACCAGAGGGUUCGGCUGAGGUUCAGGUGGUGCAGGCUCGCGCUACGGAGGUACAGCCGGAUAAGGUCGUGCUGGACCGAGGCGGGCCAAUUCCGUACGAGUUCCUUGUGAUGGCCACGGGAACGAAGUUGGCGCCGCCUGGCACGUUGCACACGGAGGGCAAGGUCGAUGGCAUCGCAUACUUCCAGGAGCAUCAGCGACAGGUCCAACGGGCGAAGAACAUUGUUGUUGUCGGCGGUGGAGCCGUUGGUGUUCAGCUUACUACGGACAUCAAAGACUACUACAAGGAUAAGAAUGUGACCCUUGUACAUUCGCGUGACCGCCUGAUGCACAAGUUUCAUCCAAAAAUGGGCGAGAUCCUCGCAGCGCGCAUGGCUGAGCUCAAUGUCAACCUCAUCACUGGUGAACGAGUGCAAGUACCCCAGGAAGGCUUCCCGACGGACGGUUCAACAUUCCCUGUGACGCUUUCAAGCGCACGUAUCCUCUCCGAUGUGGACUUCGUCAUCCUCGCCACCGGCCAGGUACCACAUUCCGAUGCCAUCCGCGCCCUCUCGCCAGGGAGCAUCAGCGAGAGCGGCUUCAUCAAGGUCAAGCGCACCCUUCAAAUUGCGGACGACAAGUACCCGAACGUCUUCAUCGUCGGCGACGUUGCGGAUACUCCGAACCAAAAGACGGCGCGCAUGGGCUUCCACCACACGGAGGUCAUCACCGCCAACAUUGCGGCGCUUGCUGCUGGCGAGAAGCCUACGGCAGAGUACGAGGACCGCGGGAUGGCUAUCCAUAUGAGUUUGGGAAUGACACGGGACUUGAAGUUCAGGAAUAUGGAGGACGGCGAGGAGCCCUGGUUCAACCUCAGCGAUGUUGGGUCGCAGGAUCUGAACAUGAAGCGCAUUUGGGACACGCGUGCGCCUGGUAUUACGGAUUACAUGUUGUAG